GUGGCCCUGCCCAUGCAGAAGAGGAACCCCAUGGCUGUUUACCCAGCCAGCAACUCUGUCUUGUUCGACACCGUGCAUGACACAACAGGCUUCUCCAACAGUGUCACACUCAAGGGCUUCACCAUGAAGAUGGAGGAAUUGUUUGAGGUUAAGUGUGAGCCCUCUGACCACGCCCCUCCUCAGGGCGAGCCAGAGAUCCUCAGCGUGAACUCUCUGAGACGCAGCGUCAGCCAGGUGAUGGACGGCAAGUCGCUGACAGACGAUGGAACGUGGGACCCAGACAUCUCAGGCCAUGACAGUGGGCUGUUUAUGGAAGAUGAGGAGUUUGUCGACACCGUCAAAGGCUUCAGCACCGUGAGGAAGGAGCACACUAUGUUCACUGAUACCAACCUGUGACCAGAGGACGACCUCUGACCCUCACAGGAAGACAUGGCCAUAAGGUCACAUUAAAUCCACCUGGGUUUAGUCUCCAACCCAGGGUUUAAAGAGUCAGAGGUCAAAACUGAGCGGAACGGAUAAAUGAAGGAAGUCGACAACUGAGUGAGAAACGUUAAAACUGUGCUGACGUUUUAACACAAUGGGACAAAAAAACAUUUCUAUCGAGCGGAAAAAGGAAGAACCUGCUUUUGAAAGAAUGACAAAAUGCUUGACAUUUUAAAUUCUCGUCAUUGAUUAGAGACUCUGAACAUGAACAGAAGAAGACAAAACAGAACAAAGAUAUAGUGGAAGAAGCAGCGGAACAUAGUUAUGUAUUUGAGUAUUUUAAUUGUUUUUCCCUUGCAUGAGGGAGUAGUUAUAUCUGAUAUUUUUUCAAGAUGCAUACUUUUUUUUUCAUAUUCAAAUCUUCGGGGGGUUGUUGGUGAAGGAAAAGCAAACGACCAUGUACACAGGAGGUGUAGUUCCCUGGUUAGCAUGGACUGUGAGCACUGAGCACCUCCAACACAAAAACAUGACUGAUAUGCACCGUUCCAUAUGAUAUAUAGGACAAAAUCCCCCAAAAAUCAAUGAAUUAUUUUCUGGAAG